UUAACUGAUUUUAUUUAGAUUUGGGGCGGAGGUUCGGGCGGAGAUGUUGAAAGGAGUGAAUGUUUUGGCGGACGCCGUCGCCGUGACAAUGGGACCCAAGGGUAGGAACGUUGUAAUUGAAUCUUCCUGGGGGUCACCUAAAAUCACGAAAGACGGUGUCACCGUCGCCAAAGCUGUCGAAUUAAAGGAUAAGUUCCAGAACAUCGGAGCUAAGUUGGUCCAAGAUGUCGCAAAUAAGACCAAUGAGGAGGCUGGCGAUGGAACUACUACAUCUACAGUCCUAGCCAGAGCUAUUGCAACCAGAGGAUUUGACUCUGUUACACACGGAUCCAAUCCUAUUGAGAUUCGUCGUGGUAUUAUGGCUGCGGUUGAGGCUGUCUGUGAGCAUUUAAAAUCACUUUCCAAACAAGUUACUACUCCUGAAGAAAUUGCUCAGGUUGCCACCAUUUCUGCCAACGGAGACACUUCUGUUGGAAACCUAAUCAGUGAAGCUAUGCGUAAAGUUGGAAAGGACGGCGUCAUCACCGUCAAGGAUGGAAAAACCUUAAAGGACGAGAUGGAUAUUAUUGAAGGCAUGAAAUUCGACAGGGGAUACAUUUCUCCUUUCUUCGUGAACUCCACCAAGGGAGCCAAGGUUGAGUACAAUGACGCCCUCGUCUUAUUCUCCGAGAAAAAGAUCUCCAACAUCCAGUCCAUCAUCCCUGCCCUGGAGAUGGCUAACCAGAUGAAGCGUCCUCUGAUCAUCGUCGCCGAGGAUAUCGACGGCGAGGCUCUCAGCACUCUCGUCAUCAACAGGCUGAAGAUUGGUCUCCAGGUUGCCGCCGUUAAGGCGCCAGGAUUCGGUGAUAACAGGAAGAAUACCCUGCAGGACAUGGCGAUUGCUACCGGCGGUAUUGUGUUCGGAGAGGAGGGAUCUGAUCUUAAAUUGGAGGACAUUCAAGCUCAGGACUUUGGCAAGGUCGGAGAGGUUGUGAUCACCAAGGAUGAUACCCUAAUGUUGAACGGCAAGGGAGCUGAAGCUCAUAUUGCUAAGAGGGUUGAAAUGCUCAAGGACCAGAUUGAGGAUUCCAGCAGUGAGUAUGAGAAGGAGAAGAUGCAGGAGAGGAUGGCCAGACUCUGCAGUGGAGUUGCUGUACUCAAGAUCGGAGGUUCCAGCGAGGUUGAAGUAAAUGAGAAGAAGGAUCGUGUAACUGAUGCUCUCAAUGCUACUAGAGCAGCUGUAGAGGAAGGAAUUGUUCCCGGUGGAGGAGUUGCUCUUAUCAGAUGUAUCCCAAUCCUGGACACUCUUGCCUUCGUAAACGAGGAUCAGAAGAAAGGAAUUGAGAUUGUGAGACACGCUCUCAAGCAACCCUGCUGGACAAUCGCGUCCAACGCUGGACUCGACGCCUCCGUCAUUGUAAACAAGGUUAUGGAGUGUGAAGAUGUAAACAUGGGAUUCAACGCUGCUACUGAGAAGAUGGUAAACAUGAUUACUGAGGGUAUUAUUGACCCAACCAAGGUUGUCAGGACAGCUCUUACAGAUGCCAGCGGUGUUGCUUCUCUUCUCACUACAGCUGAGUGCGUGAUCUGCGAAAUCGUCGAAGCAGCUCCCGCCGGCGGUAUGCCAGGAGGCGGUAUGGGCGGUAUGGGCGGUAUGGGAGGUAUGGGUGGCAUGGGAGGUAUGGGCGGUAUGAUGUAAUCCAACAAUCCAGAUGACCUCAGCACGAAGUAUAACCGACCAGAGCAUUUAACCUGGAGCCCUUCCAACCCAGAUUCACGGACCCAGCGCAGCGACUAAACUCAUCCUUCAUCAAUUAUUAAACUCAUAAUCUCAUCAUCAUCCCGGGGUAUACAGAGCAGUUUACUGAUAUGCUCUUAACCCCGGUCUAAUUUAUCUGUCGAGCUACUAUAUUGUAAAUCUUGUGUAAAAUCUUGUCUUAUGAGAGAGAAAUAAAUUUAUUUUCAGAAA